AAAGGGUGUGACGUGAAACGUCUGACAAAGGGUGUGACGUGAAACGUCAUUGGUGUCGGGGUCCACCUCUGUGAGGAGUUCUGCGUGGGAGAGGUUCUGGGGGACCCCUCUGGGGGGCUCCUCGGUCCGCCACUCGGAGACCCGUCUGUGUCCGUGUGGCCGCACCAUCGAUAGACUCCACAACAACAUCAAUAACAUCAACAACAACAUCAACAUUAACAACAACAUCAACAACAACAACAUCAUCAACCACAACAUCAACAACAACAACCACGACACAGAGGCGUUGUGUUGGAGAGAAACUCCACAACAUUCGCAAUCCGCGUCCCGACAGUAAUUAACGGGCGGACAGCCAGAUUUGUGUGGAAAUAACAAAUACUGCGGCGUGGUACUAAAGUUAAGAGUACUAAAGUUAAGAGUACUAAAGUUAAGAGUGCUAAAGUUAAGAGUACUAAAGUUAAGAAGAGUUCACGAUGGUCUCGGGGUGUUAAAGUUUGUCGACGUUACACUUUUGUUUUAACGGAAAUCCAACGGCAUUAGAAUCGCUACCACUGACAGGCGCGGCGUCACGCACUCCCGGCUACAUUUACUACUACGGAUAGUAACGUUCCAGAAAACAGGUGACACUGUAAACGCUAAUUUUAUUGCAACGUUUUAGCCAGCUUUGUUUGGUUUAAUACAUCGCAACGAAUCAAAACGUUUAAUAAUAAUUAACAGUUUAUCCACGUGGUAUUAAAUUGUGUGUGAAUAAAAAUGGCUAAUACCAUGCGACAGUAUAGAGUACAGUACGCGUUAAUACGAACAUUGCUUUAAUUAAAACUACGCGGAACCACAGUAUAUUAUAAUUAAUGCUAAAUAAUAUGAGGAGUUAUUGACAUUGAAUUAUAUAUAAUAACGAGCUUUUAAGUAAAAAAAAAUUUGAGGGACAUUUUUUUUCCCGGGUUUAUUCAGGGAGGCCGGUUGCGGGUUCGCGGCCUGAGGUGGUGGUGGUUGUUGUUGUUUGUGUUGUUGAUUGUUAACAAUAGUCGUUAACUCGUUGCCUUGUUAGCGCAGAAGCAGUUAACAACAACCGCCCGUGUUAGUUGCCCGGGUCUGCAUGGCCGCCCUUUUGGGUGACAGCUGCGUCGUCUUCGAUCCGGAGCGCCUCGCAUUAAUACAGCAGCGGCAAGAAGUCAAGGCCGAGAUAAUGAACACCACGGAGAGGCUGGCCUCCGUGAGACAGGAGCUCCAGGUCGUCCAGCAGGAGCUGCUCGAGAAGAACCAGCAACUUGAGGAGGAGGACCUGGAAAGAGAGUUCAUUCGAGUGCGAGAGGAGGUGUUGGCUGCGUUUGAGCAAGACCUCCUGGCGGAGAUCAAAACCCUCAACCAGCUGACGGCCGAGCACAAGUUGAGGGCGAGCGAGGAGAACAAGCGAUUCUUGGCGGAGUUGAGCGUCUUCACGACGCACCACAGCGUGUGGGGCCGUGAGGGGCGACGCUGCAUGGAGCGGGAUCGUCUCGCUGCGGUGGAGGAGAGCAUCUCUCAGCUGGCAUCAGAGCUGGAGAAUAUCGAGGCUGAGCUUUUGAAGAUGGUCCCACUGCAGCAGCAGAUUCAGACGCUGACGGAGGAGAUCGCUUCCCAACGCGCGCACCUAAGUCAGCUGGAGUCGGAGCGGCACGAGGCUUGUGAGGCGACGGAGAGCCUGCACAGGGAGAAGGAGAAGCUCGGAGAGAAACUCAGGACCGACCCCGAGUUUGUGCGGCUACAGCAGCAGCUGCAGGCCUACAAGGAUGAAUCUGCACGGGUCUUGUAAUUCCAUCGCCUGCCUCCUCCGGCUGCUCAAGUUUUUCUGCCGCGCUGCUGACGAUGCAGCUGCAUUUAUUUGUGUUCUCUUGUUCACUUAAUCCAUGCUGCAAUAAUUAAUAUAAUGACAAUUCCCAUUGUUUACCCAGGAAAGCCUUGCUGGGUCUCAAGACUCAUUUUCAGUCGAGUCCUGCUGCAUUGGGAAGAAGCAGGGGUACCCGGAGUAAGCCUACCAUAUAACAAAGUUGUAUACAUGGGUCCACCAUACAGACCACAUAACCAGUCUUUAUGUAGACUGAGGCCAUUGCUGUACUACGAUAUCCUGGCUGCCUCGUAGCCCCAUACCUAUAACACCUGGUAUACAUUGGCGGUCACCCAAGUGCUAUCCAGGCUCAAUCUCUCAUAUAUGUAGUUCUAUAAAUGCUGAUGAAUAGCUGCAAAUUGUCACAUGCUGUGUGCUUGACGUUUGGUUUGGCGUGAUGUUAUACAAUAGAAUGGGAUUCAUCUCGUGCCUGAAUGCGACCAUUAACUCGAGAUGUGCAAUAACAGCAGGCUUAUAUAUUUCAGACAGGCAGUGGGUCAUAGGCAGAGGGGAAACGGAAGGAAGGUCUUGAGCCUGGACGUGAACAGGGGCAGGCAGUUACUAGCACGGGCGGCAGGGCAAAGGGAAUUCCAGACUUGGGGGGGGGGCAGCAGAGGAGAAGGAGCGACUCCGUUCAGGUGUGCAGUGCGAGGCGUCUAAACCUAAUUCGACAGCACAGCACCGUUUCAUGAUUUUUGUUGGUUUAUUAAAAUGUGAACUCAUUGUUAAGUUGCAGCACUAUUGAACUGUCAACGUUUGUGUGUGUUAAAUGAUAUUGGUCGCGAAAGCCUACGUGUUAAACUAAAUGAGCGUGUUACACAAGCAGUGACGUUCACGCGUGUGGGUCUCCAUUAAAUGUUUGAUUAUAUUAUAAACCACGGUCACAUCUGGUCAUAAUUUCAGAUUGCAUCCAUACAAGCAGGACAAACGACAAUCGUAGUAGAGAAAGUGGUGGCAGGGCCUUCACUAGGGGGAGCUGGGGUGGACCCUGCACCCUCUGUCCCCUACCCAGGUGCACUCUCCACAGCAGUGAAUUACCGUUCUGGUGGCCCCGUGCCACAGCUCUACUGCCCCCCCCCACACCAUCCCCAUCCCAUCUGAAAGAAUCUGGAGCCGGCCCUGGUGUGGUGACGUGUGGUUAAAUGUGCAAAGGCCGCCCAAGGGGGAUCCUUGGUUUAUGAAUCCACGCGGACGCUCGAUGGACGAGUGCAGCGGCUCUGCCGGCGAUUUGAAUUCGGCGCGGGGAGCGCUCCCAUUGGCCCAGCGACGAGCCGGACCAGCUCUUGAUUGGACGAGCGCAGCAGCCGUGUGGCAUUUGAGUGAACCUGAUUGGCUGGGCGGCCUUUCCCGAUUGGUCAUUGGAUUGUGAACAGCGCGCGCAGCGCUUGGGUUCGAACCGGGCCGCUCAAGCCGAGGGGGCAAUGGAGGAUGGGGCGACAAGGGGAAUUCAUCUAAUUUAGAAAGAAGAUUCAGUGUGGAGUUCUGUUGAUCUCGCUACUACGCGUGACUCCCCGAACCAGCUGGGUGUUUCCAUUAGGGGGGUGCUGUCCGUCGCUAGUGAGUGUAACAGUGUUGUGUUGUGCUAGUGAGUGUAACAGUGUUG